AAAAGGAGAGACGCAAAGAAGAAGUCGAUGUAAAAUAGACAUUUUUCGGUUCCUGUAACUCCGCGGUUACAAGUCGAGGAUAUCGAGCUUUGUGUCUGGAUAUAAGUGCUUUUUUUUUUACCUGUGCGGAGGAAGGGGAGGAAUCGGUCGAGACAAAGGUACAAAGAGAAGGCUGACAAGGUGAUAUAUCCUGUGGCCCGGGUCUGAGGGUGCGCCUUUAAGCCGAGAACGAGGUUUUUGUCCACCAUCAUCGUGCAUUUACAGGGGAGGAGGUGGCGGUGAUUUGCCGCACCUUCACUGGUACGACAGAGAGAACGAGAGAAACCACACAGAUUCCCUUGUGUAAAGGUCUCGACAUGUAUCCACAAGGCCGGCAUCCGGCACCCCAUCAGCCAGGGCAGCCUGGCUUCAAGUUCACUGUGGCAGAGUCAUGUGACAGGAUCAAAGAUGAAUUUCAGUUCCUGCAAGCACAGUACCACAGUCUCAAAGUGGAGUACGAUAAACUGGCCAAUGAAAAGACAGAGAUGCAGCGUCAUUAUGUCAUGUACUAUGAGAUGUCCUAUGGGCUCAACAUUGAGAUGCACAAACAGACUGAGAUUGCUAAACGUCUCAACGCAAUUCUGGCUCAGAUCAUGCCGUUCUUGUCACAAGAGCACCAACAGCAGGUGGCUCAGGCUGUUGAGCGGGCCAAGCAGGUGACAAUGACUGAGCUGAAUGCUAUCAUCGGGGUACGUGGACUUCCCAAUCUGCCUCUCACUCAGCAGCAGCAGCAGCCACAUCAUAGUGUCUAUCCAGCCUUCAUGCAGCAGCAGCUCCAGGCUCAGCACCUCUCUCACGCAGCCCACGGCCCCCCAGUCCAGCUGCCCCCGCACCCCUCAGGCCUGCAGCCACCCGGCCUCCCCCCUGUGACAGGUGCUGGCUCCGGCCUGUUGGCUCUGGGAGCUCUUGGCAGCCAGGCCCACCUGCCCGUAAAGGAUGAGAAGAACCACCACGACCUGGAGCACCGAGGCCCCUCAUCUUUUCACUCACCUCUGGCCCUUCCUCUGAAAGAACGUGAGUCGAGCACGAAUAACUCGGUGUCGCCUUCAGACAGCCUAAGAGCAGCAAGUGAGAAGCACCGCAGCUCUUCAGAUUACGGCCUCGACUCCAAGAAACGUAAAGUGGAUGACAAGGACAACAUGAGCAGAUAUGACAGCGAUGGAGACAAAAGUGACGACCUGGUGGUGGAUGUUUCCAAUGAGGAUCCAGCCACCCCUCGAGUCAGCCCCGCUCACUCUCCUCCGGAAAAUGGCCUCGAUAAAUCACGAGUCCUGAAGAAGGACGCCGCCCCCAACAGCCCCGCCUCUGUCGCCUCCUCGGGCAGCACGCCGUCCUCCAAAGCAAAGGACCACGCCCACAAUGACAAGUCAUCCACACCUAGCCUGAAGUCCAACACGCCUACACCAAGGAAUGAGGCACCAACACCAGGAACCAGCACCACUCCUGGACUACGGCCGCUGACGAUGGGAAAACCUCCUGGUAUGGAGGCGUUAGCUGCUCCUGCUCUGCGCACACCCCUCUCCAUUGGUGGUUCCUAUGCCACCCCGUUUGCUAUGAUGGGUCAUCAUGAGAUGAAUGGAUCCCUGACCAGCCCUGGUGUUUACCCAGGUCUCAUUUCACCACAGAUGAGUGCUGCUGCUGCCGCCGCCUACGGACGCUCACCAAUUGCGGCGUUUGACCAUCCUCACAUGAGAGCUCCAGGCCUUCCUGCCAGCCUUACUUCCAUUUCUGGAGGAAAACCAGCUUAUUCGUUUCACGUCAGCGCAGAUGGUCAGAUGCAGCCCGUGCCCUUCCCUCCAGAUGCACUGGUAGGUCCAGGCAUCCCGCGGCACGCUCGCCAGAUCAACACACUGAGCCACGGGGAGGUGGUGUGUGCCGUCACCAUCAGCAACCCUACGCGUCACGUCUAUACCGGUGGCAAGGGCUGUGUCAAGAUCUGGGACAUCAGCCAACCCGGCAGCAAGAGCCCAGUGUCCCAACUCGACUGCCUGAACAGAGACAAUUACAUCCGCUCCUGCAAGCUGUUGCCUGACGGCCGCACCCUAAUAGUGGGUGGAGAGGCCAGCACGCUGACCAUCUGGGACCUGGCCUCACAGACCCCCCGCAUAAAGGCCGAACUCACUUCCUCUGCUCCGGCCUGCUACGCGCUGGCCAUUAGCCCUGAUGCAAAGGUCUGCUUCUCCUGCUGCUCGGAUGGAAACAUCGCCGUGUGGGACCUCCACAACCAAACCCUCGUCAGGCAGUUCCAGGGCCACACAGAUGGAGCCAGCUGCAUCGAUAUCUCACACGACGGGACCAAACUGUGGACCGGAGGGCUCGACAACACUGUCCGCUCCUGGGAUCUGAGGGAGGGACGGCAGCUCCAGCAACACGACUUCACGUCACAGAUCUUCUCACUGGGCUACUGUCCCACUGGAGAAUGGCUGGCCGUUGGCAUGGAGAGCAGCAACGUGGAGGUUCUUCAUCACACCAAGCCUGACAAGUACCAGCUGCACCUGCACGAAAGCUGCGUCCUCUCACUCAAGUUCGCCUACUGUGGUAAAUGGUUUGUGAGCACAGGGAAGGACAAUCUGCUGAAUGCAUGGAGGACUCCCUAUGGUGCCAGCAUAUUCCAGUCGAAGGAGUCGUCCUCGGUCCUGAGCUGCGACAUCUCGGCAGACGACAAAUACAUUGUGACGGGAUCCGGCGACAAGAAGGCGACCGUCUACGAGGUGAUCUACUAAAGAGGAAGCGACGUCCGUCUGCUCCGCUUCAGCACUUCUACUGAGACGACUUCACUUUCUCUGACCCCCGACAUCCACACACAACAGGAGGAACUUCACUGGUGGAAUUAUUAACGGAUCUGUUGUCCUGAGGAUGCUUACGCUGGAAAGGAGUAAACUUCUUUUUCUUUUUUUUAUCUUUGAGGGUUUAUUUUUGGGUUGCACUUUUUUUGUUUCUCCUCUGAGAAUCUUGGGGUGUGAUCCAGGGAAGCAGCGCUUUCGUUUCUGAGAACCUUCUCAAGACUUUCAUGUGAAAAGUGUAAAUAGUGGAUUAAAUAAAAGACAUUUUAUAUAUAUUAUAAGAAUAUAUAUUUUCAUGUCCUGGGUGUACUUGUGAUGAUUUCCUUUUUUUUUGUUUGGCCCACUCUGUGAGAGCAGAACAUACAGUAGAUUAGAACUUUUUAAACUUUUUGAUUUUUGUCGAAGCACAUUCUCUGGGCCCGAUCCUUUCAGAAAUACAAAACUGAGGGACAUGAAACUCGUGAACCAGGACGUUUUGUGGAGAUUUUUAAAAUGGCCUUUUUGUCACUCCGUAAAUCUCUACCAUGGAACCCUCCGACUCAGGCAGAGCCUCGGCUGGUUUGGACCACUGUGGGACCGAGUGAGACAUAAUGAUUCAGGAAAAGAGAUGGAUGUAAAUUUAAUUCGUAUAUAUAAAAAGACCUUUUUUUAAGAAAAGAGAAAAAAAAAAUGAAGUGUACUGCUCUUGUCUGUGCUAUCUUUCCCUGUUUGUUUUACCUUGUUAGAUCAUGGGAGAUGGGAAAUGUUUAAUAUUUAGCCUAACCCUUGGACCUCAGUUGGCAGCAGAAGCACUGCUGCAGGCACAAACUGAAUGACAAUGUGCUUUCGCUAACGUGACGUAAUAUGGAUGUUGAAUUGCACCAUUGAUUUCUACAGACUUAACUCGAAACAGUCCAAUCUGCACUAUUGGAGUCCUUCUGCCCUUGGUAUCUUAUCGAUAUUCCUGGAAUAUGUUUGGUCGGCUGUGGUGGGGGCAGGUGGAGAGACGUUUGGCCUGAUUAAAUGCGUAGUCUGUCUUCAUAAAAAUGUUCAGUGCCUGUAAAUUCCCCCCUAAGAAAGGAGGAGGAUGGCACUUAAAUGUAAAGACAACAAAAAAUACCACAAUGAGUCAAGCGUCUCCGUUAGUUGACGUUAAGACGACAGUGAAUAAUUCUGGGUUCUACACUGUGCUCCUGAGCCUGUCAGCAUUUCCCACAACACGAGAGAAGGGGUGAAAUGUGAUCGUCCCUCUGAAUCGCACCAAAGUAUGUAGCAAAUGCUGUCAGCACUGAAAAGAAAUGUACAGUUGUUAAUAAAUAAAUAAACCUGUUUUUGUAGAA